AUGCCCAUGACCCUAUUCAACUCUGGCACUCAUCUUCUGCCCCUUCUCUUGCAUGACUUGAUCUCCUUUUGCAGCUUCAUAACAUGUCACCCUCUACAAUGUGCAUACCUUCUCUUCUUCUCCCCUUACAUUCUCCAACUCCUCUCAUUCCUUUCUCCUCUCCUCCUUUCCACUUCACUCCUUCUCCUUGCUCUCCUCACUGUCUCUCCUCCUUUCGACGAUGAGCAACUCCCCGGCAGCGCUUGCCGCAUGUUUGUUGACAUUCUAAAAGAUAAGCUUGAAGCCAACUCUACAACUAGCCUUCUUGACAAUUUAACUUCCAUGUUUCUAGAAUUCAUUGACACUCCGAAUGUGCUUGUGUUGAAUGAGAAGCCUACUCUGGAACAAUGUUUGGACAAAAUUGUAGAUAAAAGGGAUGAAGAAGAUUGCUCAUUCAAGAGUAGACAUCAAAGUUCAAGGAGUUUCCAAGGAGAUCAUGGAUCAAUGAAGUUGGUUUUGGAAGCAGGGCAACUACAAAGAGAUGGAUCAAUGAGGAAAGAGAAGGAGUGGAAGAGGACUCUGGCAUGCAAGCUUUAUGAAGAAAGAAUGACAUUCAAGCUAUACGAGGAGCGAAAAGUCGCUGAUGGUUGUGAAGAAAUGGACUUGCUUUGGGAGGCUUAUGAAGCUGAUUCAAGUAAGUCUGAUAAGUCUAAGAACGAUGAUGGCAAGGGUAAGAAGAAUUUCUGUAAACAAGAAGAGGAUGAGGAUGAAGAAGAAGAUGAUGAUAAUGAUAAUGACACUGAUGAGUCAGUCUCGCGGUUUUGUUGCUUGCAAGCUCUAAAAUUAUCAACAGGGAAGAUGAAUUUGGGAAUGAGGAGGCCAAAUUUGAUGAAAAUUUCCAAUGCCAUGAAAGGAAUGGGGCUUUUUCGCCGGUCCCGAAAGCAUGGCAUAAGAAAAUGA